AAAACCAUUGGAACCAAAGCACUCAUCAACUCGGGAGCAACCAAUGACUUUAUGGACGCAAAGUUUGCCAUCAAACACCGCUAUCCCCUUAACAAACUAGAAGUACCCAUUACAUGCAAAAAUGUAGAUGGAACCGUCAGCAACGGAAGAAAGAUCACCCAUUACACGUAUCAGCGGGUAGAAGUAGGAGGAAGGAACACUAUAUGCAAAUUCCUUAUCACCAGCUUAGGAGGAGAAGAUAUUCUCCUUGGAUACCCAUGGCUC